AUGUCAGUUCGAAACUUGACCAGCAACACGCGUGAGCAGCAAGCUUCGUACUCGGGUGGAGACCAAGGCAACGCUUCUGCGUCACAGAACGUUCCCGUAAGGAAUCCGUUUACCGAUGACGCGGAAGACGACACAUACGCUUCCUAUAGCGCCAGUGACACAUCCCUACUACACCACGAUGAUGGCGCUAGCGCUACAGACGCGGCUGGGGCUGCCGGAAGCGCAGCUGUCGGCUCGCGCGACGUCUCCGAUUACAAGGGCUACUACUCGAAAGGCGCGGCGGGUGCGCGCCUUACACCGGGAUCACGAGCUGGUCCUGCCGCGUUGCCCUCCAGCAGCUCACUCAGCUCCCACACGGGGAUAUCCAACAACGAUAUUACGGCUCCUCCGGGAUUUGACCGCUAUCCGGUGGUCGGGUCUCGUGUGGCAUCAAUGGCGCCCGUUGGCGGUGCUGCUGCCGUGGGAGCCGCCGGUGCAGCCGCUCACAAUGGCUCUCACAAUAAUUCCUCUGCGUCCAUCAGCUCGUCAGACCCCUUCAUAAGCGACCAGGAUUUCUCGCCCUUUGGAGGCUACCCAACGUCCUCUUUCCCGCUGCACCUCGACGAAAAAGAGGACGAUGAUUACUUACACAACCCAGAUCCGGAGGAGGAGGCCCGCCUGGACAACAGCAAGUUCAUGCUAGAUUUCAAGCACAUGGACCGCAGAUCUGCCGGUGGGUUUUUCGGCUUCCUGUUCUUAUUCCUGGGUGCGCUAACGCUGUUCGUCGUCCUUCCUGUGCUCACUUUCACGGGUGCGGUCGACCACGGUAAACCACAAACUAUCACAUACCUUUCGCUCUACGAGUACCCCCAGUUAUCUGCUAUUCGUACAUCGCUCGUGGACCCGGAUACUCCAACCUCUGCGAAAACGUGGAAGGCCAAGGACGGUUCCGAGUGGCCACUUGCAUUUUCAGAUGAGUUCAAUGCUGAAGGAAGAACGUUCUACGAUGGUGACGAUCAGUUCUGGACUGCUCCAGACUUCCACUACGCCGCCACUCACGAUUUGGAGUGGUACUCGCCAGACGCUGUUACCACUGCAAACGGUACCUUGAAACUUCGCAUGGAUGCUUACAAGAACCACGAUCUGUACUACAGAUCCGGUAUGCUGCAGAGUUGGAACAAGCUAUGUUUCACACAGGGUUAUAUCGAGGCCUCUGCUAACCUGCCUAACUACGGUCGUGUGAUCGGUCUGUGGCCGGGUAUGUGGACUAUGGGUAAUCUGGGAAGACCUGGCUACCUUGCCUCUACCGAGGGUGUGUGGCCUUACUCUUACGAAGCCUGUGAUGCUGGUAUCACUCCUAACCAAAGUUCGCCUGAUGGUAUCUCUUACCUGCCUGGCCAGAAACUCUCCUCGUGUACCUGUGACGGCGAAGACCAUCCAAACCAAGGUGUUGGUAGAGGUGCUCCUGAAAUCGAUAUUAUUGAAGGUUCUGCUGACACAUACAUUGGAGGGUCAGGUGUUGGUGUAGCAUCUCAGUCGCUACAACUUGCUCCUUUUGACAUCUGGUAUAUGCCAGACUACGACUUUAUUGAGAUUCACAAUAGUACCGUUACAGCAAUGAACACGUAUGCUGGUGGUCCAUUCCAGCAGGCCGUGUCUGCAGUUACAGCUCUGAACGUUACUUGGAACGAGUUCGGACCGGAUGCGGGCUACUUUCAAUCGUAUGGGUUUGAAUAUUUGAAUGAUCACGACACCGGCUAUAUCAGAUGGUUUGUAGGUCAACAACCAACAAUGACCAUUCAUUCUACAGCUCUCCAUCCCAACGGUAAUAUUAAUUGGAGGCCUAUUAGUAAAGAGCCGAUGUCUAUUAUUCUAAAUUUGGGUAUCUCCAACAAUUGGGCUUAUAUCGACUGGAACUCCAUUUUCUUCCCUGUAACAAUGAGUAUCGACUACGUCAGAAUAUACCAGCCCGAGAACGCCACGAGCAUAACUUGCGACCCUUCAGGCUUCCCAACUUACCAAUACAUCCAAGACCACUUGAAUGUUUACUCCAAUGUUAACCUCACUUCAUGGGAGGACGCUGGCUACACUUUCCCCAAAAACACUUUAACCGGAAAUUGUAAGAGCUCUAAGAAGAAUAAGGACUACUGA